AUGGCGACAGCGACUGCGAGCGCGGUGACCAUGCGCGAAUCUCAGGCUGUUAUGCAGAACCUGCUUUCUGCUUCCAUGUGCGAAAUCUUCUACAGCAGAAAACUGCUCCCAAAGGAUUGCUUUGAGUCUGUUAAGUUUGCAGGAAAUACUUUGCAUCGUUUCAAAAACAACCUUGAGAACCCCAAAGCAGACACGCUCUAUCGCUGGAUCAAGGAGGAUGUUGUUGAUGCAUUGAAAAAGAAGAUUCUUCAUCGGCUUGUUUUGGGAAUUUUCCUUUCACCGGAAUGCGCUGAAAAAGAUCUCAUCGAGUCUUAUACCUUUUCGUUUGGGUACGACGGAGAUAACUGCAGUCUGGACAUAGAAACUCAAAGGCACAAGAACAAGAAUGCAAAAGACUUGCCCGGCCACGAGAGCAUCAAGCAGAACACCCAGAUUCUCGUCAGAUCACUCAUUGCAAUGCUGGGGACACUGGACGAGCUGCCGCAGAAAUAUUUCUUGUCGAUUCGGAUGCACUAUUAUCAUAACGAGGAGUACGAAACUUUCACCCCACACAACUUUCGGAUGGAUCCAUCGACUGAAGAUUUUUACGGAGACUCAAGCAACGACCUGCAGAUCGGAGGAUUCAACACAGGAUUCCAUUCAGUCGCUGUGAAGUACAUCUUUCAGCACUGCUAUGAUUUCUUUGAUCUGACCCUUUGA